AUGGCUAAAAGAGCAUUGUUGGUCAUUUCACAUGAUAAAGUUCAAAUAGAUGAUCUUACACUUCCAUCAUCUGAUGAAUCAUCUUCCGAUCAAGUAGAUGUCAAGAAUAAUCUUCCGAGUCAAAAGCCAGAGUCUAAAAACAUUGUAAGAGUUUUGAGUAAGACAUGUGACGAACCAAAAGGAAAGUUUCAAGGAGCGAUUGCAACUGUUCGUCUUCUUCUUGAACUACCGCCAGCCUUGAUUUUGCUCGACUCAGAAAAAUUCGGAGAAUGUGCAGUCAAACUUAUGAAAACUCAUAACCCGUUUAAAUCUGACCGUUCCAUUGUAUCCAUCGCCAUCGAAGGAGAUGACAAUGUAAGCAAUGUGUCUACUCAAUUCAAACCAAUAGGAAACAUCAAACCUGUAGAUGUUGCUCGUUGUAUUGAAGACGCGGACCAUGAAAUAGACCUUGGUCUUCGACAGAAGACAGUAAUCUUCACAUAUUUGAAUCCACCAAGCUCAAAUUGA